AUGGGCACGGCCGCGUACCCGCGUCAACUUAUCCGUAUCACAGUCGCAAUAACGCCCCCAGAACUGCUCUCUAUCCCCUCUUACGAGGGAGCUUAUACACACCCGCCUUCGCAGAACCACCGUUCCAAUACUUCUGCGUAUCCGGCACACAUUUCCUACCCUCAGCAUGGUUCUCUCUGGAAUUCGACUGGUGGUAACGACCAAGCUUCCCACCGUUCGUCCAUCACCAAUCCACCUCGUAACGGGUACGGUUUUAGCAACACUCUGGUUCCUUACAAUCUCACCGCUGUAGCAAGAAAUCGUCCUACGGCCUCCACCCGUCGACCUCAUAACGAACCCAAUAAUGCACCUCGGAACGAGCUUAGCAAUACUUUAGUUCCUGACAAUUCCACUGCCGGAGCGGCGAAUCGCGCUGCCUCCGAAACAAGGAACCCUACUCGUGUUCCGCAUAACCAAACUCAUGGCCAGUCCGUUCCUUACACUGUCCCACCACAGCCAUCUUCUUCGAAUGUUACUAGGCCUACACACCAAACACGUCACCGCAGGAAUCGCGUGUCUUCCAACGCGAGCUCCUUUUCCUCGUCUAGCUCUGACUCGUCUACCCGAGUCCGUACGCGGCCUUCACCACCACCAGCAUUAGAUACGACGAUUAUGCUUGACAUGACCGAACGAUACGUACCUUUCUAUGCAUGA